AGCAACGAGUCGAUCAGUGUAACARCAUUUGSCGUUUACAAAGCUAAUCUUGAGUGAUAACCAAAACAGAGUGACUAGCUGACAUUAGCUAAAGAAUUCAGAUUUUUUGAAGUGUAGGAAAAAGUAUUAACAAAUUAAAACAACAAAAUGCCUUGCCCAUGUGGAAGCGGUUGCAAAUGCGGUUCGGAGCCUAAGACUGGCAAUUGCGGUUGUGGUUCGGCCUGCAAAUGCUGUCCCUGUGGAAGUGCUUGCAAAUGCGGCUCACAAUCACAAAGUGGCAGCUGCGGUUGCSGCUCAAGCUGCAAAUGUGGCCAGUAGAGGAGUGCAAAUAUCCUAUAACCGCACCUUAUUAUGUUAAAGCUAAAUUACUUUUAAUUCAUUUUCACAAUUUAAUAGUGUAAUUAUACACAAACAUACAUAUAUGUAUAUGCAUAUGCAAGUAUACAUAUCAUUAGAAACAGUUGUUUAUAUGUACAUACAAUAAUGCAAAAUUUGUGUGCUUGAUAYCAAAAUAAGCCUAUCACAUUUCUUUAUCAAUAAAUAACAAAAAAAAAA